AUGAAUUCGAACGAGAUCCCUGAUGGCCACCUUGGCAACCUCACAAAGGAGCAAGAGGUCAAGCUCCGAGAGAUGUGGGCAGUUUUGUUCAAAUUGUUCGGCAUUAAACUCGAAGGUGAUCAGCUGGAAAAGACUCCCACCAACCCACCAGAGAGUCCUGAUUCAAAGAGAAAGUCGAGGCGUGGGUUCUUCGGCUUCGGUGCUGCGAAAAAGGAGGAAACGGCUGCGCCAGAUGUCGGCGGCUUAACUUUAUCAGACCAAGACGACAAGUAUGGACAGAAUAAAGAGUUCAAACAGGCCGUGGCCGACCUCAAACCUGAGCAAUUGCGCGAAAGUCUGUGGAGUAUGCUCAAGGCCGACCACCCAGAUGCUCUUCUUCUAAGAUUUCUUCGUGCCCGAAAAUGGGAUGUCAACAAAGCCGUCGUUAUGCUCGUAUCAACCAUGCGAUGGCGUCUUGUAGAAAUGCAUGUUGAUGACGAUGUAAUGGAGGGAGGCGAAGCAAAGGCCAUAGAAAUGUCGGAGAGCUCCGAUUAUGAUGCUAAGAAACUGGGUGGCGAUUUCAUGGCACAGACCCGCAUGGGCAAGAGUUUUAUCACUGGAAUCGACAAGCAAGGAAGACCGAUUUGCUUGAUUCGAGUCAAGAUGCAUAAGAUUGGUGUCCACUCUGAGAAGAGUACCGAAAGAUAUACAGUUCACAUGAUCGAGACUGCUCGGCUCAUGCUUCCACGACCUAUUGAGACUGCAGUGAUCCUGUUUGAUAUGACCGGUUUCACAUUAGCUAAUAUGGACUAUGCUCCCGUCAAGUUUAUUAUCAAGUGCUUCGAAGCCAACUAUCCAGAGUCCCUUGGUGCUGUGCUCAUCCAUCAAGCACCAUGGAUAUUCUCAGGCAUAUGGAAGAUCAUCAGGGGAUGGCUCGACCCUGUUGUCGCAGCCAAGGUCCACUUCACCAAUACUACCGAAGACCUAGAACAGUUCAUCGACCGCAGCCGUAUCUUGAAAGAAUUUGGUGGUGAAGACGAAGCCACUUUCGAAUAUAUUGAAGCCCAACCAGGCGAGAACGACGCUAUGAAAGACACCACCAAACGCGAAGAAGUCCUUUCCAAACAAAGAGCCCUUGCACAAGAGCUACAAGAUGCCACAAAGCACUGGAUUGAGGCCGCUAACAAGAACGAUGAGGCCGGCGUCGAGUCAUGGAAAGCCAAGAGAGAAGAACUCGCUCAAAAAUACUCGAAGGGUUACUGGGAAACAGACCCAUACAUCCGUGCUCGCUCUGUAUAUGACCGCAAUGGAGUCAUUCUUGGUGGCGGAAAGGUCAAAUUUUAUCCUGAACAAGAGCCAAAGGACACAACAGCCCUUGCACCAAGUACCGCUGAACCAAGUACCGCCGAGACUGAAGAGAAGAAGGUUGAGACCAAUGGAACAGCUCCAGCCCCCACUGUAGAAACCGAGAAGAAGGCUGAAAUCGCCGUUACUCCAGAGGUCAACGGCGUUGAGGCCGCUGCUCCCGCCGUUGCUGUUUCCGCCAACUAA